AUGGGUAUUUAUUAUGAGGAUAAUAAUAUAUUUUAUCAAGAAGGUAAUAUUCCUGUAGUUAUGACAUUUCCACAUAGUGGUCUUAGUUUGAUAGAUGGUGUUGAAGUCAGAAAGAAAGGGAUUAUAGAUGGCGAUUGUUUCACCGAUUUAUUUGCAAACUAUAUGGUGCAGAUGUUCAAUUGUAUUGGUUGCAACUGUUGUAUGAAAGAUGUAGAUAAUUGCGGUGGUUGUACAGAUGCGACUGCUUGCUGCUGUGACAGCGUUGCAGGCAUACCCGACUACAAUACAUUCGAGUUCAACUCACAGUGCUUGCGACCAUUCAUCAUCUACUCAAAGAUCGAUCGUAAGCACUGUGAUUUCAAUCGCGCCAAGGAGGUGGCAUACGAAGAUCAGCGAUUGGCCGAUAUCUACGACCAGUAUCACCGUACGAUCAACGAUGCAAUCGCUGAUCGGCGAGCACAGUCUGCUCGGUUACAUUCACAAUCGUGGCAUUCCCGUGUUUCCAACACUGGUGCCACUGGAAUACGACAACAACCAAAAGCCAAUAGAAUCACCGAAAUCCUCAAAGCUACAGCUCGAUCCAUACCUGGAGCAUCCACACUACAGCGGUGGUUACACAGUUCACAAUUACUCACAGAAACAACCAAUCAAUUGUAUACAACUUGA